GACACUUCUGUACCCAGCAUCGAGCUCGCCGCCGCAACUUGGAAGCACAGUUGCACCAAACUCGAAGACGAUGGACUCCAAAGAAGCUUCAGGCACUGUGCGAAAGCCAGGCCCGAAACCCUUGCAAUCGAGCUCGGUCCGGACGCAAUACCUUAUCCUCUACAACUUCGUGUCUAUGAUCCUAUGGCUCGCGGUUCUCGGACGGGUUGUUUUGCUCGUGCCGAUGGUGGGGUUCGGGAGGGUGUACCAGGGUGCGGGCAACUUUACGAAGUGGACGCAGACAAUGGCUCUAUUGGAGGUUGUGCACUCCGCUGUUGGUAUUGUGAGAGCCCCAAUCGGCACAACGUUGAUGCAGGUUUCCAGUCGACUCCUUCUCGUCUGGGGAAUUGUCAACAACUUCCCCUUCGUGGCGCGGAGCGCUGGAUACUCGAGUAUGCUGUUUGCAUGGGGUUUGACAGAGGUUGUUCGAUAUGGGUUCUUUGUCUUCACCUUGAGCGGGUACUCUCCGGGAAUUAUUUCGUGGUUAAGAUACAAUACAUUCUUGAUUCUGUAUCCUCUAGGUGCGAGCAGCGAGGCGUGGUUGGUGUACAAAGCUAUUCCGGCUGCGAAGAAGAUUCGACAAGAAUAUGCUUGGGCCCUGCAGUUGAUAUUGUUCAUUUACAUUCCUGGCUUCUAUAUCCUCUUUACACACAUGCUAAAGCAACGGCGCAAGAUAAUGAGGGGGAAGCAAAUAGAAAAGAUCCAAUGAAAGAGAUCACAGAGUAGACAGGAGAUCUGAAUAAAAAGAUCCCGGAGCCCCUGUAGCACCCAAUAACUGUGAAUGCUCUGCUGUAUAAUAAGUUAAACAUAAGACGGAGCCAGGUCUUGCCGUGGGGUAGAUAAAAGGAAGCUAGUGCAGCUCAUCUGUACAUAAACCACCAAUGUUUGAUUCCUCCAAGAG